CUAGGCCGUUCACAAACAGGAUGUGAAAAUAUGUUAUUCACCUUUCAUUAAGCGAAACGAGUCAACGCCUGUUCAGCUGCCGAGCCUUCACUUUCAUGCCAAGCUUGUGACCUGGCACAAAGUCAGGAACAGAUUAUUUGAGACUUAAUAAAUGAUGGAGGAGACGGCGGUAUGAAAAGAUGAGUCAUUUACUCAUGCAGGCUAACUUGUUUGACAAAGACAUAACUCAGCACAAACCGAAAGUGUUGAUUACAAACUCUCAGACAAGUGGCAGCAGCACGUCUGACGUUUGGCUUCAUCUGUAGAGCGGAGAUUAGAAAACUAAACCCGAGAUGGGACAUCAUGAGAGGAAAUCCAAAUCAUUCGCCAUCGGUUUGCUGUGGCUGAUGUGCUGCAGCUCCAUCGCUGCCGUCCGGCUCAAGGAACAUCUCGCCGAAUGCUUGGAGGACAAAGACUACGAUGAUCUGCUGAGGACGAUGAAAAACGGCCUUCCGCGUCUCAACGGCUCUAAUCACGUAGUUAUUGUUGGCGCUGGCAUGGCCGGACUGACGGCAGCUAAACUGCUUCAAGAUGCUGGGCACCAGGUGACCAUACUAGAGGCCAGCGGUCGUGUUGGUGGACGAGUGGAAACCUACAGGAAUAAAGAGGAGGGCUGGUACGCUGAGCUGGGCGCAAUGAGAAUCCCAAGUUUUCACCAGACCGUCCUCUGGUUUGCAGAACAGCGGGGGCUAAAGUUGAAAAAGUUUAGAAUGGAAGACGGUAACACCUUUUACUUGGUCAACGGGGUAAAGAAAAGGACUUAUGCAGUCAAAGAAGACCCUGAUAUCCUCAACUACAAAGUCAGGGACAAUGAGAAGGGGCUGUCGGCUGAUGACCUGCUGCAAAGAGCUUUGCAAAAGGUCAGAGACGAAGUGGAAGCUCACGGCUGCAGGGCUGCCUUUAGAAAGUACGAUCAUUACUCUGUGAAGGAAUAUUUGAAAGAAGAAGGAAAUCUGAGCCUUGAGGCCAUCAGGAUGAUUGGAGAACUUCUCAACGAAGAGAGCCUCAUGUACACGGCGCUGACUGAGAUGAUCUAUGACCAAACAGACAUCAGUGACAACGUCGCGUACUAUGAGGUAGUUGGUGGGUCGGACCUCCUCCCCAAAAGUUUUCUCUCCGUGCUUCAUGUUCCUAUUCUCCUGAACUCCAAGGUCCAGCGUAUCAGCCGGUCCCACAAGGGCGUCACCGUCUUCUACCAGACGGAUCAAGAGUCCUCGUUGAGCCACGUCAAUGCCGACAUCGUCCUCGUGACCACCACGGCGAAAGCAGCUCUUUACAUGGACUUCGACCCACCGCUCUCCGCCCAAAAGAUGGAAGCGCUGAGGUCUGUCCACUACGACAGCUCCACCAAAAUCCUCCUGACCUUCAGUGAAAGGUUCUGGGAGAGAGAUGGGAUCAGAGGGGGGAAGAGCGUCACAGAUGGACCGUCACGUUUCAUCUACUACCCAAGCCAUGGCUUCCCAGGAAACGACUCCAUAGGCGUCCUCCUGGCUUCCUACACCUGGUCUGAUGACUCCCUCCUCCUUCUCGGUGCUAGCGAUGAAGAGCUGAAAGAGCUGGCUCUAAGAGAUUUAGCAGCGUUGCAUGGGGAAGGUGUGAGGUCUCUCUGCACUGGCGUUUUGGUGAAGAAGUGGAGUCAGGAUCCAUACAGCCACGGGGCCUUCGCUCUGUUCACCCCUUAUCAACACCUGGAGUAUGCCGCUGAGCUCUUUAGGAGGGAAGGAAGGGUUCAUUUUGCUGGAGAACACACAGCCUUCUCUCACGCCUGGAUCGAGACUGCCAUGAAGUCUGCAAUCAGGGCAGCUGCCAAUAUCAACAAGGAGGCAAUAAUGUUUUCAGAUAGAUGCAGAGGGCGAGAUGAGCUCUGAAAUGUGUUGGAUUAGAUGGAUUUAUUACAAAAUUUUAAUAUAUUGUUACUUUCUAAUUGCUUUAAGUGUAAAAUAUUGUAAUGUUAUUUG